GGGGAAGGGGGUCUUUCAGUAAGGUCGCUGAGCUCCGCGGAGGAGGGACCUGUAGGAAUACUGGCGUAGGACGGCCGCCGGCCAAGGGACCCUCGCGUUCUGUUGCCGUCGCUUGUUUUGACUUUUUGCAACAAACCGGGCUGUGAAAUUAAGCAGCGGUGCAGCUGUGUGAUGCUUCUGUCUCCUUGGGUUUGUGGAACGGGGGAUGCUGAGCGGGAUCUAGUUCCUGAGGCAUCGAUGGGGACUUUGCUUUCCCCCUUUCCCUCCCCCUCCCCUUUAGGAAUUCCUCCAGGCAAUGUUUAUCCUGCGUUUUAUUCAGAUAAUUCCACGGUUUUCCCUUCUGCAUUGUGCUUGGAGUUAUGGAACAAUCCGCUUCCAGGGGAGCCCAGCCUUCCCCUAGUGGCAGAGGAUGCGAUCUCUUUCAAGGGCUAUACUUUCCUCUCUAACCCGUUACUUGAAUGUAGUCCAACCCCAUGAGGUGACUCUGAAGGAAACUGAAAGGUAGAGAGUUCGCAUCCCUGCUUUGCCUUUCUCCACCCUCUCUGAGAGCAAACGCUUUCCUUAGAAGUGGUGGGGCAGUUUCCAUCAGGCAAGACUUCAAUGGCAAACCACAAAGUCAGCCUGAACCGGGAAGAAUGUCAGGGCUACAGACAGAAGCAGUCAAGCCCAUACCUGUCCAGUGGAUUUAAAAGGGCUGAAAUUGCCUUCAAAAGGGAGUGCCAGGGAGAAGAUGGAGCACCGGCCUAAGGCUCCGGCUCUGAGUGUCAUUUUCAGCAGGGCUGGAGUUCUGUGGGUCAUGUGAGACAUCUCAUUUAACCUUCCCUUGCUUUUCUUGUUAACUGUCACCCAGCCGUGCUCCCACCCAGAGUAUCCUGCCUCCUUCUAAGCUGACUCUUCCAAAACAUAAGCCGCUGCUGCAGAGCUGACUGCUUUGGCUUUGGGGAACUGGCAGUGAGUUGGCCCAAGCCUAUACUCUUCCUGACACUCAGUCAGAGCAGUUAAGAGCAGAGGUGUGAGGAUGGAGGAGAGGGAGGGAUAUUGGGUCAUAUGGGAAGGAAGCAGCUUUCAUUCCACUUAGAGAGAAGGAAAGAGAGCCCUUUUGUAUCUUUGCAUGAAAGAGGCUGGGGGUUUACCAGACAUGGACGCCUUUUUAAAUACAGGACAAAUUUCCCCUUCACCUCAAGGAAGAAGGUGGUGCAGGGGACCGGGAGAAGAUGCCUGUCAAUCAUGAAGCUUUCCUUCUUAUGGCUAACUCCCAGAACGACAUGGAAGAUUGGGUGAAAGCCAUCCGCCGGGUGAUAUGGGCUCCAUUUGGUGGAGGUAUUACAAAUAGCUCCCAUGCUCCUAAAUUAAAACUGUUGCCUCAAGGGAUCUUUGGACAGCGUUUGGAAGAUACUGUGCAAUAUGAAAGGAAGUACGGUCCUCGCCUGGCCCCAUUGCUGGUGGAGCAAUGUGUGGAUUUCAUCCGAGAGCGAGGCCUCACAGAGGAAGGACUCUUUCGGAUGCCUGGUCAGGCCAACUUAGUCAAGGAUUUACAGGAUUCAUUUGAUUGUGGAGAGAAACCCUUGUUUGACAGCACAACUGAUGUCCACACAGUUGCUUCCCUAUUGAAACUGUAUCUCCGGGAGCUGCCUGAGCCCGUCAUCCCCUUUGCCAAAUAUGAAGAUUUCCUCUCCUGUGCUCAGCUGCUCUCAAAGGAUGAGACUGAGGGCACUCUGGAGUUGGCUAAGCAAGUGAAAAAUCUUCCUCAGGCAAAUUAUAAUCUUCUCAAGUACAUAUGCAAGUUUUUGGAUGAAGUUCAGGCUCACUCGAAUAUAAACAAGAUGAGUGUCCAGAACCUUGCUACAGUGUUUGGGCCAAAUAUCUUACGUCCCAAAAAAGAAGAUCCAGUGACAAUCAUGGAAGGUACAUCCCUUGUCCAGCAUCUCAUGACAAUCCUGAUUAGCAAGCACAGCCAGCUCUUCAGUGCUGCCCACAGCGAUGUUUCCGGUGAUGUCCCUCCCAGUGAUACCCCAGCCCCAAAGCCAGAAGUCAAAUCUGCCCCUCCACGUAGCGCAGCAGAAUGGAUCUUGGAGGAGCAUGUGGAGGAAGGCUGGAAAGAGACCAACUCUCCCGGUCUCACUGAUGGACCUUCUAAGAGGACCAGUUCCCUGGACAGUGCCACGGUGGGGACCCUUCCCAAGCCUACCCAAGAGCGGAUCAGUCGGCGUACCCAGAUUUGCCCUAACAAAGCCGCCACCAGUCCCAGUAAGAAGGUCCAAACUUUGCCCAACUGGAAGUACUCCUUCCGGCAAUCGGGGGCCAAGUCGGGGAGCCCUAAGCUAGUCAGCUCUUCCUUGGACAUCAAUACUCUUCCCAGCAGUGGAAACUGGCUCAUGAAUGGGCUGUCCUCCCUUCGAGGUCACCGUCGGACCUCCUCUGGCGACAGGGCCAAAGACUCCAACUUACCGCAGAGACUCUCCACCUAUGACAACGUCCCUUCAGGAAGUCCUUCCACGAGUGCCCACAGUGUGGCCAGCAUGGCCUGGUCCACCUCUUCCUGCGAGAUCUCUGUGGUAGACUCAGUCAACAACUGCCCAGUCUGCUACGCCAGCGGCUCUUCACCCUGCAACUCGGCCCGCUUCGAAUGGCCACCCCAAGGCUCCCCAGCUUCCAGCAAUGACAUCAAACUGACAGAACUGGGGGACAGUACUGAGAGGCUGGCCGUCUGCGUCAGCACCCUGAACGGCAGCAGCAGCGAGGGGAACAAUUUUAACACCAUGUCCAGGGACUCAGUGCAGUGUUCUCAUGCCCUGCAGAGCUUGGUCACAGAGCUCAAGGCAGAACUAAGCAAACAAAAAACUGAAUAUGAGACUAGUUUGAGAAGAAUCGAGGAAGCCAGUUCCGGCUUAAAGAAACAGAUGGCCCGAUUAGAAGAAGACUUAGACCAAGAGAGGAAGAAAUUCACAAUGUUGGAAAUAAGAUUGAGAAACUCAGAGCGGGCACGUGAGGAUGCUGAGAAAAGAAAUCAGCUUCUCCAGAAGGAAAUGGAAGAGUUCUUUUCUACCCUGGGCACCUUAACUCUUGGGUCAAGAGGCACAAAGGUUCCAAAGUAAAAGCAACUAAAAAAAUAUCCAGUUUAAUUCUGCAUUUUGUUUGAUCUGGUUUCUUGUUCCUGCAGAGCUGCUGUCCUAGGUAUUUGUCCACUCAUGAAUAAUGAGUAAUACUGAAGGAAUCCCAUACUCUUUUGCUGUCGUUGUCCCGGUUUCUGUAAUGCUAUAUAUUGUAUCAGGGAAAUUAAAGGACCGCUGAAGACUAUGUGUGAAAAUUAAAAGUAAAUAUUAUUUCCAAGGGGCAUGAGGUGCUCCCCCUCUCUGGGGUCCCAGGGACCAUCAUCUGCCAUUAUAAUAACUUCAGGAUUUGAACUUGUUCUACUGCACCUUUACCAAGCUGGAGACCAGGGUUCUAUACAAUGGCCUGAAGGAUGUCCAAGGGGAAAGCCUGUUCUUGCAUCCCCAGGCAGCCAGGAAGGCAGUCCCUUCCUCUUCCAUCAUGGUCGCACAUACUUCCUGUAUUGAAUGAAGUGGGACAUGGAUAUUUUGCAUUCUUUAUUAAAUUUGCUUUAAAAAUG